AUGGACGUGGCACUGUUGACAAUGGAAGACACCUCGAAGCCGACAACGUCGUCGUCAAAUCAACAAAAUGGAAGUUCUGGAGAAGCCAAUAGUCGGGACACCACCUCACCAGUACUCCCAGACUCCGCGGAUAUCAUGCGAAUGCUCACCGACGCCAGUGGCCCAAUUUUUGGAUUGGAUUUAGCCAGCGACACAGCGAAAUGUCAUCUGGAGCGACUUCUAGGCGGUGCAACCGCAUUCGAGGACCCGGGAAGUUUGGCGAAUUUUCAAUUUGAUCCACAAAAUUUGGGAUUCGCCGAUAUUUCGCCGUUUUCGACACUUCGAAAUUCGUCGAAAACGCUGAAAUGUCCGAAAUGUAAUUGGCAUUAUAAGUAUCAUGAGACGCUGGAGAUUCAUAUGAAGGAGAAGCAUAAUGAUGUGGAUGUGAGUUUUUUUUUUGGAGUUGUCAAAUGCAUCUUCUGUGUCGAAAAUCGACCCCACCCAAAGCUGGCACGUGGCGAGACCUACUCCUGCGGCUACAAACCGUACCGAUGUGAUGUGUGCCGCUACAGUACCACCACAAAAGGCAAUCUGAGCAUUCAUAUGCAAAGUGAUAAGCACUUGCACGCGAUGCAAGAGUUGCCCAAUAGUAUAGAAUUCGCCGCGAAUUUCGCUUGUGGUGCUGGUGCUCCAGUGAGUCGUAGCAGCCCAAUUGAAGAAUCCGACUUAUCUCUUGUCUGCCUCAUCUGCGGAAUCUUCGCCACAGAAUCCAUCGCCGAGAUGAUGGAGCACGUCGAGAAAGACAGAUCCAGAACUUUCCAAGGCGACGUCACUCUUCUGAAUGGGAACUUCAGAUGCCAUCUGUGUCCAUAUAAUACGACGUUGAAGGCUAAUUUCCAGUUGCAUACAAGAACGGAUAAGCAUUUGCAGAAGGUUCAGACGGUGAGGAUCCUUAAUUUUAAGUCUUUAUUUUCCAUUUUCUAUUAUUUUUUCUGGAUCUCCAAACUGUUUUAUUGUUUUAGAAGCCGUCAAUUUUAA